AUGAGUGACAGAGUGCAAGUGAAAGUGCUGUUCUUCGCAAAGUGCCGUGAAAUUGCUGGUGUUGGUACUGUUUUGCAUUCCCUACCGCCCAGAGUUGAUCAUCAGAGUCUUCUAGAUGAGAUUUGUGAUAAGUUCGGAUUGGGAGACAUCCGGGAGAAUCUAAUUGUGGCUGUUAAUGAGGAGUACUGCUCAAAGGAUUCAGGGGAAAUCAUUGAAAUCAAGGAAGGAGACGAAAUUGCCAUAAUCCCGCCAAUUUCUGGAGGCUAG